AUGUCGCGACGGCGCGACUCCCUCCCAUCGUCUGUCAAGACAACGGAUGCUCGACCGACCAAGCGCACGCCUAAUUACAUACGCACUACAGCCGCCUCGCCCCAGGUUAUUUCGUCCCUGAUCGAUCAGCUGUCGGCUAUAUCCAUUCCAGCGCAUAAUCAUUUCGAGAACCUCCUCGUCGGCUACGACAACGGCCUCUCCGUAUCCGCUGCGCCCAGUGUACGCACCCAUUCGGAGAAGAACUCGAUCGCAGGACAUGAUGGAAUUUCGGUGGACCAUGGCAACUACCACAGUUCAAUAAGGGACCAGAACGACCUGUACCCCGACGACGCAUGCGAACCGCCUGUCAUCCGAACGUCUAAGCCGCCAUCCGGCCUGUCGCCCCUUACCGCCCCCAAGAAACCAAGCAAAGCGCAUUCGCUCAGCAGUUAUAUUGGACGCAGCGGCGGCAGCUCGUGCUCCCUACAAUCGACCCAUUCAAAUAGGUCAGGGAGCAGUUUCGGUAACAUCAGUGUCGAAGCAGGUGUACCGCGCCAGUCGGUUGGCAGCGCCAGAUCGUCCGUCGAGAGCAAGAGGAGCCUGAAGGGGCACAAGAGCUUAAUGUACAUGAGCUCGCGAGAGCGACUACGACAAAAGGAGACCGAACGGAAGCGCGUGACCGUACACAACCUCGACGAUAUCCCCACUGGCUCCCCCUCGAAGAAGAUUGCGCUCCAACUCUUCCCCUACGAGGACACGAUCAGCGAAGAGCCCUCCUCUGCGAAAGAAGAACAACGAUCACUGGAGACAGUAGCCGAAUCAUCGAGAUUUGCCCAGCGGCAUCCCAGCAGGAAUAACAGCCCAAGACGACUACGUAUGAACCUAGUUGAUGCUCAUCAUCUCGAAAGCCCAUCAGACAGCGGACUCAUCCCCGAGCGCGGGUCAUCCCUGAAGCACACAGGCAGCCCCGCGCGCAAGAGCAAGAAGCGCCGACCGGGGGAGAAGAGCCGUCCAAAGUCUCAGAAGACGGAUAUGGUUCCAGAAGUGGAGAAUAAGAUGGACCCCGAGGCACAGAGGAAGAAGAAUAUUUUGGAAGAAUUGGAACAAGAAGAGAACGAGGUCGCUCAAAGGAUCCGAGAACUCAGAGACCAAAAACUGCGGAGAGAUAAGUUAGCCGGAAAGAUGCCUGUUGAUGCACACGCAGGGGCAACACCACCUAGGGUGCCUCGCGUUUCAUCCAUUCCUAGUCCCGAGUUGUCGCCCACCUCGACGGUUUCAAGCGUGUCAGAGGACGAAAGGAGGGUGCAGAACUCGACAAAGGCGCAUAGGGUGCUUGGAAUAUCACAAGAAACGGCAUUAGCAGCCGAGAAGCUAACGGAAAGGCCGAUGGACAGGCCGGCCGAAAAAGCAGAAGGUGACAGGCCUAACCUCUCGGUACCACCACAACCACGCAACCUGCGCCACUCGCGGCACCGAAGUCUGACAUUGAAUGACGGUGAUGAGCUUACCCCACUUCCGAUCGAUUACACGCUUGCGCUCCAGAGUCUGGACGAGUCUGCGCCGACGCCGACCAUACUAGACCCACGGCUGUCAAGAUCGCCCGGUGCUGCAAGCAUCAUCUCGAAAGCAACCAAGUCAAGUAGCGAAUCCUCUGUCCCCCAACGAGCAAACUCACUACUGGCCGUCGGCGGGAGAUCUGCGCUCGGGCGUCGAGCGGCGACUAGUUCGGUCAUCAUGGGCAAGUCUUUAAAACACAAGCACUCCUCCAGUGUGACCGAGGAUCCAACAAGCAGACUGGCACCACCCUCUCGAGCGGCCAGUGAAGAGCCCAUUACUCGACACUGCUCAAUGCAUGUUGUGUCUCCUCCGCCAGAGUCGCACAGUAUGCAAUUGCAACGCAAACGCACAAGUAGCAGCAAGAGGUGGUCGCACCCCGAUCUGCCGGCCAAGGCAGAGAAAGAGCACAAUGACAAGAUCGAUCGGAAGGAGGAAAAGUCCAGAUCGGCCGCAGUGCAAAGUCCACCACACCCGAUAAUCGAGGAGCGACCUGCAAGUUUAGAUUCCAUCGACCUGGACGUGCACCAAUACCUAGAUUCAGCACGUCUCUCACAGAAGAUCCGGCAUCCACAAACGGGGAGAAUUAUUUCGUUCUCAGAAGUCGGUGACCCUAACGGCUUUGCUGUUUUUGUCUGUGUUGGUAUGGGAUUGACUAGAUAUGUGAUGGCAUUUUACGAUCAGCUCGCUGCGACUCUGAAGCUGCGUUUGAUUACACCAGAUCGUCCUGGUAUUGGAGGCAGCCAAGCUGAUCCGAACGGGACGCCUCUCAGCUGGCCUGAUGACGUACUCGUGAUAUGUCAGUCUUUGAAAAUCAGCAAGUUUUCCAUGCUUGCGCACUCCGCAGGCGCCGUUUACGCAUUGGCAACAUCUCUACGAAUGCCACAACAUAUCCGUGGUCGCGUACACCUUCUUGCGCCCUGGAUACCGCCAUCGCAAAUGGCACCCAUCGGCAUCAGCCAGGAUUCACCACCUACCCAGCAACUUCCGCGAUCGCAACGCUUCCUUCGCGCUUUACCUCCAUCUUUACUCAAGGUGGCAAACUCGACCUUCCUCAGUGCGACAAGCGCCAGCCUUCAGCGUACCGGACCGAAGACCUCGCCCAAGACUAGACGGAAAAGCAUGGCCCCUUCACCAGUGCCACCACAGCAACCGUCAACCCGCCCAUCACUAAAGGACACCCACCGACAUUCGAUGAUGAUGAUGGACCAAGUUUUGCCGAAUGCAAGCACGCUGACCUUGUCAAACCAAGACCCCAAUAGUGAGGAGUCACAACGCAUGCAGGAAAUGCUCAGUAUGGCCGAGCUCGAACGCCAACGCGCCUUUGACGAACGUCUGACUUUCGCCAUCUGGGACCGUGCAACCGCAAACGCAAACCCCGCAACCGACCUAAUUGUUUGUCUUGAAACCAAGCAAACUAUCGGUUUCCGCUACGAAGACAUCAAUAGGCCCGUUGUCAUCCACCACGGAUCCAAAGACUCGCGUGUACCAGUCGACAACGUCCGAUGGCUCGGCAAGCUCAUGCGCAAGUGCGAAGUCCGUAUUCUAGAGGGCGAGCAACACGGGCUCAUGGCCAGUGCACAGGUCAUGGGCAACGUGCUCACAGAGAUGGCAUCUGAUUGGGAAGACUGGACGAGUCUUGCCCAAGGCAAGGGAACGGGCGAACAGCGCGCUGUUUCGAGGAGGAGAACUACGGAGAAGUUGAGAAGCCAAAUGAGCUUCACUGGCUGA